CUUUUUUUUGAGAGGAAGCAUAAGUUCUUCAUUCUGAGAAAAAAAAAUUGAAGCCAUCUCAGGAAAAAUAUUGUGUAAAUAAAUAUCACACUAGUACUGAGAAUCCAUACUUACCCAGAUGCAGAAAAAGGUACUUAGGCUCUUGGAGGAGAAGCCAUAAUGAGCAAACUACAAAGUAAGUAAUCUAAAAUAAAAUACACAAGUAAUAGGGAGCAAAAAGUCCCCCAUCCUAAUUGCUGUAGGAUAGGAAAAGGACUGGAGAUCUUUGGACUGGUUCCUACUUUUAAAGACUGUGCUUUUCCUAUCCUGUCGGUUGUAAGGGGCGGAACCAACACAUUUGUAUAGGCUGCCAUAUUUAGUGAGACCAUUUUUAUUUUAUUAAGUUGUGCAUGUGUACACUGCAGUGAUGCGACAGGAUAAGUUUUAGCAAACUUUUUGCACAUAUGCUUGUUCUCUCCUUGCAGCUACGCCAAUGGGAUCAAGUAGUAAUCGUCCUCUAGAACUGGAACAUGGGGAGGCUGGUUUUGGGCUUAUCAUACCUAAAAUGAAUGGAGUGAAAGUCCAGACAUUCCAUUUCAUAAAGGACCCAAAAUCGAGAUGUUUUGAUGAAAGUAAACUACAAGAAGCUGGUAAGUUUAAACCUAUACUCAUCUAAGGGACUUUUUUUUUUUUUUUUUUUAGUUAAACUACGUUUUGGAGAAUUAAAAACAGAUUUGCAACAUUUAGGCAUAAAUAGUAGACUUGGGCAUUCGUAUUUUGACGAAUGUAUUUUCAGACAAAAAUUGGUGUUUUCAUCCAUUCGUCUGAAUAAUGAAUGGGGAGCUGAACGAACAAACAAAUGGACACUGAACAAAAUAAUUCUUCUGUGUGCCAUUCGUUUAUUCAUUCGCAGUUCACGUUCGACCUUUUUGUACUGCACAGUGUGAUUUAAAGGGCCGAACGCUUCGUACAAAUGCAUGAAUCUCAUAUCUGAUGGGAGUUGAACCAAAUGACUAAGCCAUUAGUGUAUUCGGAUGAAAGCACAAAUGUCUCAUUCUUUCAGUGUUCGUUAGCCAACCAAUCAGAGUGCUCUGACAGUGAAAUCAUGUGAUUGGUUACCUGCAAGGCUUAAGAAUGACCUAUCCUAGCACUCUGCUUGGUUGGUUUAAGUCAACCAAUCAAAGCGCUCUGAGCCAAAUUGCAGGGCGUAGGAAGGCUUUAUAAGCCUUUCCCUGCCCUGGGGAGCUUAGUCUGCGCAGAGCCCUCGCUGGGUGAAGAUGGAUUCAUUUUUAAAGUUGGAAUUUUUUUUUUUAUUAUUUUAGAUUUUGCGGCACUUUUAUUAAUUCGUCGGGAUUUCUGGAUUUUCAUUUGACCUUUUUUUUUGUAGCUCAAAAAAUUGAUGGGGGGGAAAAAUAAAUCUAAUGGAAAGUAUUAAUGGCUUAUUUUACAGAUAUUUAGUUUAUUGACUCUCCCUCCCCCCCUCUCCACUAUUAUUGGGGGAGAGGAGUUGACUAGAGGCUUAGGGACCCCCAGUCCCUUGGUGGGUGGUUAUUUUUACUAUUAGCCUCCACUCGCCGCUAAUGGGUGGGGCUGGGGAGGAACAAUAUGUUUGUUUGUGUGGUGGCUGGAGGGGGAUAGUAUGUCCCCUGCUUGUUAAUUAUUUCGAUUUUUUUUUUGCCACACCGUGGGGGUUCUUCUUUAUUGAAUUUGGGAGGGUCUUUUUUUUUUUUUUUUUUACAUGCCCCUACUUGCGCCAUUGCGAGUAGGGGCAGAAGGGAGGUUAUUACCUCCCUUAUUUACCAAGUAUUCGCUACAUAGUAUUAGUGACGUUGGCUGAAAGACUAAUUUUGGGCUUUUGGCUUUUUAGUACAUAGCUUUCUUGUGGGAUUUAGGGGCUAUCUACUAAACAGCUACAAGAUUCAGCCGCGGACCUGAUGGGAAUAUCCUUCCCUGAAUAAAAUUCUGAACCAAAAGAAUGACCGAAUUUCUUAUCCGAAACUAAAAUAAUGCACAAAUGAGUUAAUGGACGAAACUAAUUUUUUUUUUCCCCGUUCGUAUGAAGUUCGUUUUUGGACUAAAAUAUCUCCUGUGCCCAAGUCUAAUAUAACUAUGAAUUUUGCAAUGUUUCAGAAUUAUUCAGAAGUUAUAUUAAUACAAACGUUGCAAUUCUUUUCAGUACAUGACAGUUUGGUUUAAAAAUAUAACCCCCUACAAGUGCUCCACCUCACUGUACAGCAUUAAGCUCUAAAUUGUCUUUUAUUUUAUUUUUAUUUUGUAGGGCUUAAAAAUAACCCUGAUCUUAGAGUGGUCCUGAUAUUUGGAUACAACACAUGGAGACAAGGAGACAGCCGCUUCCUUACCCAAGUACUAGGUCCUUUAAAUGAGAAAAAUAUUAUCAUCGCAGGAGGGCAGGUUGAGUACUUGGCACCAUUCUCUCCCCAAAUGUAUGUCUAUUUAAUGUUGUCAUCUUUAUUUUUGUUUUUGUUUUUUCCCUCCACUGCAAUGAGGAAAGUAAUUGCAGCAAGGAUCCUUCAGCUUAUGGAUUUUACUUUCCUCAUUGCAGAGUAUUAUAAUCUACUUUUCCUUGGGUGGUAUGAUGCAAGAUGUCACUUUGAUACCAGCAAUGAUCCUUCAGCUUAGGGACUUUAAAGUGAUAUCUUGCAUCAUACCGCCCAAGGCAAAGUAAAUUUCAAUACUAGAAAACAGGCAGUAAAGAUAUUGUUGGUAUAUGCACAGAACUGCAGAAUAAGCCUCCCCCUCAUGCAAACACACAGUCCCCACAAACCCAGCACCGCUCGAAUACUUCUCACAUGGAUUACUACACACAGCCCCACAUAUACACACAAUUCCACAAACAGCCCCCCAUUCAUUGGGCACUACUCCAUGCUAAUUCUUGUUGACCUCUCUGUUGAUGGACACUCUGAUAUACCUUGUAACGGAGCUCCCUGUACCCCUGGCUGGAUACCUCCACCAAAUACCGCUUCCUAGCUGGAACAGGGGACAAACCGCAGCACUUCUGCCCACAGUCGCCGUGGCUUGACUGGGGUCCUGGAACCGCUCCCUCCUGGAGCCGAAUGGGGAAUUCGCUCUAGACACCCCCAGGCACUGGACAACACUCAGUCCUGGGAGCUCUAGUCCUUACAAGGACUUUUCCUGUUAAAUCCUCCACACUGGAACAGUGAUUACCGAAUAGCCCUUUCCCCUCCCAGUAAUCAGACGACACAUAGUUCUGGGAGUACAAGCUGGAAUACGUUUAUUUGCAGCCACAACUGGCUUAAUAUGCAGGUCCCCAUGCAAAGGGCACUCCCUCCUGGACCUGAGAGUAGAUGACCGUAAAAAUAUACACACAAUUACAUUGGCUCUCAGGUCCAGGACACUCCCAUACAAAACAAGAUAAUCCAUCCCUGGUGCCUGGGAGAUAAUUGAGUCAAGCACUGUAUUAAACUCAAUUAUCUCAAGGCACAAAAAAAAACACAUUUUCACACCACAAAAGUACCUUAAAAUACAUAAAACCCCACAAAGGUUACAGCCCCAAUCUAUGUGACCAACAUAUCAAAAAAUCACCCGGAUUGGUUCAGGAAUUUCCUGGAAGUCCUUUUUUGACCGACCGCAUGCAUGGUCCCAUGCCCAAAACCGUCCUAGAGAAUCGGGGCUUGUGGUCGGUCUAGUUUGGUAGUUUAAAAACAGAAAAUAGUCAAUGUUCUUACCCUGGAGCUUGUUUCCCUUGGUCAUGGGAAAAUUUCCACUGAACAGUGUCUUUCUAAGUGUCGUAGAACCAAACACAGGCAAUAAUGGAAGUCCAGUGGUGUUUGGGAAUUUGUGUCCAAAAUUAGUUCCAUGAACAUGACGACCAAACACUGUUGCCUGUGUUCAUGUGAACAAGAUGGCUGCCACCUCGUGGUCGUCCGUAGGAAAUGCAUCCACCCAAGCGAACACUUAAAGGGAAACUCCAGGCACCCAGACCACUUCUGCCCAUUGGAGUGGUCUGGGUGCCAGCUCCCACUACCCUUAACCCUGCAACUGUAAAUAUUGCAGUUUUCAUAAACUGCAAUGUUUACAUUGCAGGGUUAACUCCUCCUCUCGUGGCUGUCUACUAGACAGCCACUAGAGGGCACUUCCUGGUUUAUAGCACAGGUUUUCUGUGCUAUAGCGUCGCUGGACGUUCUCACGCUAUGUGAGGACCUCCAACGUCGCUAAAAUCCCCAUAGGAAAGCAUUGAAAGCACUUUCAAUGCUUUCUUAUGGAGAUGUCUAAUGAGCGUGCACGGCAUGCGCAUUAGGUCUCCCCCCGCCAGCGGCCAUGCAUGCACAAUCGGUCUCUCAGAGCUUAACCGUUUAGCUCUUAAAAUUGAACUACAUAUUUACCACUAGGACCCCAAUAUAGGAUAAAAAGCUUAAGGUAUAAAUACAUACCGUUUUACCUAUAAUCACUUUCUGCACUGAAAAUCGAUAUUUAGUUAUAAGCGCUUCACCAUCACUUUGAUUUACUAUUUCUACUUUACAAGAUAAGUUUAUGGUGAUAUAGCAGCUGUUUGUAAAUUGCAUCUCACGAAUUUGUGAUUCUGUACACUUUCAAUAUUAGCGCUGGUACCUCUAUUGCUAUUUUGAAUUCUGCAGCUAGACUGAUUUUCUUCUCCUGUCGCUCCUCUCACACCUCUCCCCUCUCAGUCCUUACAUGGGCUUCCUGUAUCCUAUAGAAGUCAAUUCAAGGUACUGAUCCACACCCAUAAAGCACUGACCAAUUCUAGCCCAUACUAUAUCUCUUCACUGAUCCGCAGGUAUGUCCCUUCCCGGUCUCUCCGCUCUGCCCAUGACCUGUAUUCAUUCGCACACGUACGGCCAACUCACGCUUGCAGGACUUCUCGCAGGUGGCUCCUUUCCUUUGGAAUAGCCUGCCUAUGACCAUCAAGCUCUCCCCUAGUCUUUAAUCAUUUAAAAAGUGCUUCAAAACCCAUCUCUUCAGGGAAGCUUAUGGCCUCCCAGACUAACCUCUACCUCACAUACCUGUCCAUUGCUCUCUCCUAAAGGGCAGCACUCUACUCUCUCCUCCAGCUCUGCUUCACUCCACCUUGUUUGAUUGCUACCUCCUGUCCUGUUGUUUUAUGCCCCACCUCCUAUAGACUGUAAGCUCUUUUGAGCAGGGCCCUCUUCAACCUAUUAUUCCUGUAAGUUUUUGUAAUGGUCUCAUUUAUUGUUAAAUCUCCUCCUUUGAUAAUAUUGUAAAGCGCUAUGGAAUAUGCUGGCGCUAUAUAAAUACCCAUAAUAAUAAUAGGUAUCAUACACAACACCACAAACUACUCAUGAACAGAUACAAAAUAGCAACUCACACACAAAUCUAAUGCUACAAAGCAACUGCAGCACCCAUAACUAACACAGCAGAAUAAGGCAACAUACACACUUCAAUUUUAUUUAAAAAAAUAAAUAAAGCUGUUUUAUUUGAAUAGCCUCAAAAAGAAGUAGCUGCCACACCAACCCCAGGUCGUGUACAAGCAUGCACAGCUUGUCUUCCAGUCUGGCAUCUGAGUACUGAAAUCUAUCCCUGUUAAAGACUCAGGUCUCAAAGAGUAAUAUGUUUACGAUUAAAGUGGUAUUCGCUUCAUCACUUGCAGUCUUCUGAGGAGCAACAGGAGGUAAACCCAAGUACUCUGUCUAGGGAGAUGUGGGGUACUGUCUUACUUGUUGCCUCUUGUCCCCAAGAGGAUAUAGAUGUCUCUUACACCUCCUUUCUUCAGCCAUCUUUAGCUUUGCGGAGACUUGCACAACCUGGACUGGUGUAAAUGUUCUAUCUGGUAUAAAAUAUUGGGAUCCUAUAAAAUAAACAAGUCCGAAGUACUGUACAGGGAGUGCAGAAUUAUUAGGCAAAUUAGUAUUUUGACCACAUCAUCCUCUUUAUGCAUGUUGUCUUACUCCAAGCUGUAUAGGCUCGAAAGCCUACUACCAAUUAAGCAUAUUAGGUGAUGUGCAUCUCUGUAAUGAGAAGGGGUGUGGUCUAAUGACAUCAACACCCUAUAUCAGGUGUGCAUAAUUAUUAGGCAACUUCCUUUCCUUUGGCAAAAUGGGUCAAAAGAAGGACUUGACAGGCUCAGAAAAGUCAAAAAUAGUGAGAUAUCUUGCAGAGGGAUGCAGCACUCUUAAAAUUGCAAAGCUUCUGAAGCGUGAUCAUCGAACAAUCAAGCGUUUCAUUCAAAAUAGUCAACAGGGUCGCAAGAAGCGUGUGGAAAAACCAAGGCGCAAAAUAACUGCCCAUGAACUGAGAAAAGUCAAGCGUGCAGCUGCCACGAUGCCACUUGCCACCAGUUUGGCCAUAUUUCAGAGCUGCAACAUCACUGGAGUGCCCAAAAGCACAAGGUGUGCAAUACUCAGAGACAUGGCCAAGGUAAGAAAGGCUGAAAGACGACCACCACUGAACAAGACACACAAGCUGAAACGUCAAGACUGGGCCAAGAAAUAUCUCAAGACUGGUUUUUCUAAGGUUUUAUGGACUGAUGAAAUGAGAGUGAGUCUUGAUGGGCCAGAUGGAUGGGCCCGUGGCUGGAUUGGUAAAGGGCAGAGAGCUCCAGUCCGACUCAGACGCCAGCAAGGUGGAGGUGGAGUACUGGUUUGGGCUGGUAUCAUCAAAGAUGAGCUUGUGGGGCCUUUUCGGGUUGAGGAUGGAGUCAAGCUCAACUCCCAGUCCUACUGCCAGUUCCUGGAAGACACCUUCUUCAAGCAGUGGUACAGGAAGAAGUCUGCAUCCUUCAAGAAAAACAUGAUUUUCAUGCAGGACAAUGCUCCAUCACACGCGUCCAAGUACUCCACAGCAUGGCUGGCAAGAAAGGGUAUAAAAGAAGAAAAUCUAAUGACAUGGCCUCCUUGUUCACCUGAUCUGAACCCCAUUGAGAACCUGUGGUCCAUCAUCAAAUGUGAGAUUUACAAGGAGGGAAAACAGUACACCUCUCUGAACAGUGUCUGGGAGGCUGUGGUUGCUGCUGCACGCAAUGUUGAUGGUGAACAGAUCAAAACACUGACAGAAUCCAUGGAUGGCAGGCUUUUGAGUGUCCUUGCAAAGAAAGGUGGCUAUAUUGGUCACUGAUUUGUUUUUGUUUUGUGAAUGUCAGAAAUGUAUAUUUGUGAAUGUUGAGAUGUUAUAUUGGUUUCACUGGUAAUAAUAAAUAAUUGAAAUGGGUAUAUAUUUGUUUUUUGUUAAGUUGCCUAAUAAUUAUGCACAGUAAUAGUCACCUGCACACACAGAUAUCCCCCUAACAUAGCUAUAACUAAAAACAAACUAAAAACUACUUCCAAAAAUAUUCAGCUUUGAUAUUAAUGAGUUUUUUGGGUUCAUUGAGAACAUGGUUGUUGUUCAAUAAUAAAAUUAAUCCUCAAAAAUACAACUUGCCUAAUAAUUCUGCACUCCCUGUAUAGCAUACCGGGGAGAUCUGGAUAACCCCUGUCACGGCAAGGGUGCAUAGCUCAUUAUUGCACUAUGGAUUAUUGUUAUUUAAAGGGACACUGUAGUCACUAUAACCACUUUGUCUCUUUGAAUUGGUUAUAGUGCCUGGAGUACCCUGGCACUGUCCCUCCAUUCAGUGUUGCACCAUGUUUGUGCAGUAUGCCACAAAAUAAGAGUCCCUGGCCACCCACAGUCCGGCCCCUUCUGUAUGUGUAGCUAAGGCAGAGAUUACACACUUCCUUGUUGUCAUACCCAUUCAUACCGUCAGUUGGAGCUCUGACAGGUUAAAAGCAGUCAGCUGACACUCUCAGCCAAUCACAGCUACCCAUUGCUGCUCAGGGUAAUCCUUCCUUAUUAGCCAAAGCAGCACAGACGCGAUGGACUGCCGUGGUCUCUUGUUUAGCAUUAAAAGUUUAAAAACUGUAAUUUGAUUGUAUGGAAGGUUUAUAGCCUUAAUUUUCUUUGAAGCUGGGACCCCCCCACAGAGGUCAGAUGGCAGAAGAGGUAAUGGAAAUUGCAUAGGAUUCUGGGAAGGGUUUUCCAAUAUGGAUGGAGCCUGUGAAUUAAUCAAAGGCUCUGUAAGGUGUGAUAGACAGCCACUAGAGGAGGACUUAAUACUGCAAUGUAAAUAUUGCAGUUUAUAAAAACUGCACUAAUUACACUUGCAGAGUUAAGGGUAGUGGGCAGAAGUGGUCUGGGUGCCUGGAGUGUCCCUUUAACGCCACCUCUAGACCAGGAGUAGUAAUCCACAGGGUAUAUAUCCAAUGAUCCUGAAAUGCCUCUGUACUUGCUUGGGGACACAAUCUAUUUCUAUGUGAGUCACCAUCUUUCCUACCAGAGACCCCCUGGGGCAGAAGUAUUUACUUUAAAGAGCUGAGUAAGUGAUUAGGACUUUAUUUUAUCCCUUUUGAUUUUCAUCUAUAUUUUUAUAUGCACGGUGACUAUUUUUUUUUUUUUUGCUCAUAAUAAAUAUUGCUUUAUUAAGUUCUACCUUUGUCUGAUACAGAAUCACGUUACCUGAAGAGACUAAUUAGUAUUUCUGCAUUUCCUUAAAUAUUGUGAUAAGUUGUAUUUGGGUUUUUAUUACUGAUUUACCUGGGGGACCAAAGCACCCCAUUUAUAAAUUGUCUUGGUGGUGGCAGUGUUAAAAUAGUUAUAUUAUUAUGUUUAAGUGUGGGUGGUGUAAAGGGGGAUUUUGUCAUUAUUUCCGUGCAAACAAAUAGUGAAUUUUAACCCUUUUACCACCACAACUACGUCAUGCACACUUUCGAAGUAGGGUGCGUUCGUCACAACCCCCACUUGUCUGAAGAGGGAACAGAGCCUCCCAUGUUCAAAGCAAGUAGAUUUUUCCUGAAAAAUUCUGCAACUUAAAGAGAAUCACUGAAGACCAACACAACUGAUAGAUUUUUGUAUGCUCAAAUAUUUAUAGUCUUUGCACAAAUGUUUUAAUAUCUGCACCACAAGCCUUUCUCCUAACCCCUUUUAUUGCUUAUCACAACUUAGCACCUAACAAAACAGAGUGAGCUACUUUUAAUUUACAAUCUGGCUGCAGACAGUCAGAGAAGCUGCAAAAAUUAUGUAAUUCUAUUCUUACUAUAUGACUCCCUGGGUAUCCUCUCAUUCUAAUGCUGUUUUUUUUGUAGAUCAUAUCACUCAGAGCUGGCGAUGGCCAAGCGCUUUUGAUAAGGAAUUCUUUAUUUGAAGGGGCAUUUCUAUGGAGUCAGGCUUGUGGUGCAGUGUUCUACAAAGCAUUUUCAUAUUUUAUUUGCGUAAAUGCUAUAAACUUGAGCAUGUACAAAAUAAAGCAUAUUAAUGAGGCCAAGAUCUGUCCGCAUAUAACAGACAGGCACAAAACAAAAAGAUGCACUUUACCAGAUGCCACCAUACCGGUAUGUUUUGUGUCAGUAAAUGAAUAUUGUUGUAUGUAUGAUGCUUUCAUUAAGGCCCAAACAUUAUGCUACGUGAGCCUGUGUGGAGUGCAAGCAGAGUUUUACAGUUAAUUGUUGUAGAAAGGUUAAACAUGAUAAUGCAUGAUAAAUAUGUAUAUAGCUUCUCUGUAAAUGUAACACUCUGUGGGGCCACUAGAUUUGAAGUAUUCUCUUUUACUUACAGGAAGGCUAAAGGCUCAACAUACACUAGUGCUUGUGGUUUGACAUUCAGUGGCCCACGGAUCCAGGCAGCUUCAGUCCUCUUAGACAUUAGUGUGAACAAAGUGGACACUGCAGACUCUGUUAUCCAGCGUCUAAAAGCCGCUAAUAUCCCUGAAGAAAACAGCAUAGGGCUCAUGUUUGCAUGUAACGGCCGAGGAGAACAGCACUAUGGCAAGGACAAUGUGGAGGCCGACUUGUUCCGUAAGCACUUCCCAAGCAUCCCUCUUUUUGGCUUCUUUGGAAAUGGCGAGAUCGGUUGUGAUCGCGUAGUAGGCGCCAGUUUUACAUUGAGGGAGUGUUGUGAUAACAGGGAUGAACUUUUGCAUGGUUACUGUACAGUGAUGACUAUCAUUCAUUUUGGCAAGUAGCCGCCCCAGCAGAUACAUUGCAAACAGUGUCUGUGGCCCUGCUCUACGGCCUGUUAAUCACUGAGCUCUGCAAACUAGUGGACUAAUCUCGCUGGAGCCAACUUUAUAGCAAUGAUUUUAGUUUGGUCCUAGUUAGCCAUUUUAGUUCUGAUGCCUCAACAAGUAAAACGAAUAAAGAUUCUAUGUGUAAUUUCAUUUACGUUGUGUAUAAAAGUAUCUUUUCUUUUUGUCUUUGCUGCUUUAAGCCAAACAUGUUGCAUUAAUUGGCCAAUUAAAAGGACAUAUUCAGUGAUAAAGUAUUCAGUACAGUUUUCAUAUUAAAGUGGCCUAACAAGUAUUACAUUAGGCUGCUGAUUGAAGAGUACUGAUCUUUCAAAACCUGUUACUAGAAGGUACAAUUCUGAAAGCCCAAAAAAGGAAAACCGUUUGCUAUCUAAAUAAAUAUGUGCUUCCUUAUACACUGCGUCUGGCUAUAAUGCAUAUCAUCUUGUGUGCUUUGUUAUUUCAAAGUUGUCUGCCAUUUCUAAUUGUUUUGUAAAGAACAUGGUUUUACUCUUUAUGAUGUUAAAUGGGUUUGUACACACGUGUACGCAAUCUUUUAUGUUGGAAUUAUUGAAG